CCUCAUUCUCCUGUACUUGAUAGUACUAGUAGUACUAGCACAAAGACAAUAUUGAUAUCAACCUUACCUUGCAAAUCUCGAUCAACGAUGACUACGCCGUACACGCCAACCUCGUUUAUUCAAAUGACGCCUAGUACACCAGUAACGCUAAGUCCAGCGCCGGCGCCAACACGCGGUCGUGGAACAGGUGCAAAACGCGGCCGCAAGCCUCGCGGUGCAUUACCAAAUGCGUCCACCGAUACUCGCCCCCCGCCACAAUCCGGACCCAGCACAUCUACGUCUGCAACACGAUUCACCCCGGCCCAGUGGGCGACACCUGGAGUCCCUGCAGGUGCCACUGCCACUGCCUCGACCUCUACUGUGACAAUUCCUGCUGCUCAAAGCAGUGCCGCAAAUGCUGGUGAUGUCUCGAUGGACAGUGGGGAUGAUGAACCUGUGGCGACGCAGCCUCUGCCCGUUACUGCUGCUGCUUCUUCGACAGAUACAAUAAUUCCACCGCCUGGGACGACCGCGAAACCUGCGGGUGCUGCGGACGAGGACGUAGAGGGUGAAGACGAGCUUUUACCUGCCAUGGCGGAUGAUGAUUACUCUGCGCAGUUGUCAUGGCAGAGCGAGAGCAAGGAUAAUCUGAAGGUGCUUAUGGACAAUUUCAGUCCGGCACAGUAUGAACGCUUUGAAGCCUAUCGACGCCAUGCACUACCGAAACAGGCUAUACGGAAGGUUAUACAACAAACGACAGGACAGCAAGUCUCUCAGCCCGUUGCACAAAUAGUAGCAGGUGUUGGGAAAGUGUUUGUUGGUGAGAUCGUAGAAAAAGCUCGCCAGGUUCAAUCACGGCGCAAUGAUUCUGGCCCCCUCACGCCAGAUCACCUUCGUGAAGCGUACCGGAUGUAUCAGGCAGAGACUGGACGUGUGGGCAGUGCGCGACCAAUGCGAGGGAAGCGUCUGUUUGUCAGGUAGUGAGUCAAGCUUUGGUAAUGCCAUUAUAUUGCAAUCUAGACGUCAUUACCACCGAGGGGGCACUUGUUAGCAUAGACUCGAGCGCUCACACGCACGUGCACCGCACGCACUUCUGCUAUGCAAUUUUACAUCAAUUCACUGACUACUUCACAUCGUGCUGCA